AUGGGAGCCGAGCCGGACGCGCAGAAGCUGCGGGACGACCUCGAGCAGCAGGGAGUGGAGGUGCAGGAGUUUUGGCUGGACGCGACGGCGGUGACGAACGAGGCAUUCCGCGGCUUCCGCAAGGCGACGGGCUACAAGACCGAGGCCGAGAAGUUCGGCUGGUCCUUUGUCCUCGAGAUGCAGGCGACCGACGAAGCCAAGGCGCGGACAAACGCCACCGUCAAGGAGGCGCCGCACUGGCUGGCCGUGCCGGGCGCGUGGUGGCGGUACCCGCAGGGGCCAGGCUCGGGGAUCGCCGACCGCCUCGACUACCCGGUGGUCCACAUCUCUUUCAACGACGCCAAGGAGUACUGCAAGUGGGCGGGCAAGCGGCUGCCGACAGAGACCGAGUGGGAGUUCGCGAUGCGAGGGACUAGCCUGGCCCUUGCCCCACAACUUUGUGUGUGGAGAAGCUUACCUGAACCUCACCUCAACCUGUGGCAGGGGGCAUUCCCGCACUCGGACGCCGCUCUCGACGGGUACGCGGGCCUAGCCCCUGCGAGGGCGUACCAGCCGUCCAAGGUCGGGCUGUACAACAUGCUUGGCAAUGUGUGGGAGUGGACAGGGACGUGGUACGCAAAGUCGUCCGGGCAGCGCGUGCUGCGCGGCGGCUCGUACGUGGACUCGCCCGACGGGUCGCACAACCACAUGGUGACGUGCGCCACGCGGAUGGGCAACACCGAGGACUCGAGCGGCGACAACAUGGGCUUCCGAUGCGCAAAGGCGGUGGAGGGUGCGCCAAAGCUGUCCCCGCGCGGCUACCAGUACUCGCAGGUCAAGAAGAAGCGGCCGCCGCCCGGUGUGGGCGACCCACUCAAGGACGGCGGCAAGGCGGCGCAGGAGCUCGUGCAGGCGAUCGCCGCCAAGGAGGGCGCCGAGGGGCUGCAAAAGUACAUGGACAGGAUGGGGAUGGGGGCCGACGUGAUGAUGGCGGGCGACGCGCAGAAGAAGACCGAGGAGCGGAAGCGGCGGAUGAUGGAGCAGGCGGAGGCGGCGGCAAAGGCGGCGGCCGACGCGCACAGCUUUGACGACCUCCGCGACGAGGACAUAGACAAGACGGAGCUGUGA